AUGGCGGAGAACGGCGGCGCAGGGCAGUCGCAGCACGCCGACGACCUCAAAAGUGCGCCGAACGCAGACCCUGGGUUAGAUCGGAAUGAACCACAACCAUGUAGCCAGAGCACACCCGUGGCUCAGAACAUCGAUGGGGGUCGUAAGAACGAUGAGAACGACAGCAAUCCAGCGGAAGGGGUCGAACCAACCAUCAACGUCGAAGCGGAGGAGGACGAAGAGGGAUGGACAAGACGGCAAAGGAACCGAGACGGGAGGUCAUUCAGAGUAGCAGCAGAGGGAAGCCUUGGUGCGAUAGAGCGGGCGAUGGAAGAUGCGGUCAAACUCGGAAAGAAAGUCGUGUUCGAACCAGCUGUGGGCAUGACCUUCAAUUCUGAGCAGGAGGCUUAUGAAUUUUACAACGCAUACUCGUGGGAACUAGGGUUCGGCAUCAAGCGUGGGAACAAGUAUGUCAACGGCAACAAUUACAAAUCUAAACAAGAUUUGCUGUGCUCGUGUGAG